GUCUGGCACCGUGGAUCUCGACUCUCGAGCGCCGGCCGCGGCAGCGAGCCAGCGAGCCAGCGGCCUGCUCGAGUCGCGCAGUCCCGGUCGCCAACUCGGCGUGCUCCUCCGCCGCGCGCUCAAAACCAUCGCGGAUUCCUCGGUCUCUCACGUCCGGUCCGGUCCCGUCUCGUCCUGCCUGCCCACGGGCGGGGAAGAAAACACAACGCGGCCUUCGCUUAUCUACGGCUCGUGCUCCGCGCUCUGUUUUCUUCCGUUCCGGCCCAUCGCGUGCGUCCCAGCUGCUCAGCCGCGGCCGGAAACGCAAGGAAGAAGAUGGCCAUUAGCGGGGCGGCGUCGCGUGGCGCUGCCGACGGCGGCGGCUCGGCGGCCUCGCUGCCGGGCCUCGAGCACCCACUCCUCCACGCCUACGAGGCGCGCAAGGACCCCGCGGCGGCGGCCGACCGCGAGGCGCUGUGCUUCGGCCCGGACGCCGCCGGCGGCGCGAGCUUCGUGCGCACCUGCUUCAACGGCCUCAACGCCCUCUCCGGCGUCGGGCUGCUGUCCAUCCCGUACGCGCUGUCGGAGGGCGGGUGGCUGAGCCUGGCGCUCCUGCUCGUCGUCGCGGCGGCCUGCUGCUACACGGGCCUGCUCCUGCAGCGGUGCAUGGACGCGUCCCCGGCCGCGCGGGGGUACCCGGAGAUCGGCGAGCUCGCGUUCGGCCGCGGCGGCCGCCUCGCCGCGUCCGCGUUCCUCUACGCCGAGCUCUACCUCGUCGCCGUCGGCUUCCUCAUCCUCGAGGGGGACAACCUGGACAAGCUGUUCCCGGGCGCCAGCCUCGGCCUCGCGCUCGCCGGGGGCCGCCGCCUCGUCGUCGUCUCCGGGAAGCACCUCUUCGUCGUGCUCGUCGCCCUCGUCAUCCUGCCCACCACGUGGCUCCGGAGCCUGGGUGUGCUCGCCUACGUGUCGGCCAGCGGCGUCCUCGCGUCGGCCGUCGUGGUCGUCUGCGUGCUGUGGACCGCGGUGGCCGACGGCGUCGGGUUCCGGGCGCAGGGGAGGAUGCUCAAUGUCGGUGGCCUGCCAACGGCUCUCGGCCUGUACACCUUCUGCUACUGCGGCCAUGCCAUCUUCCCAACGCUCUGCAACUCCAUGAGGGAAAAGAAGAAGUUCUCCCAGGUGCUUGCCAUAUGCUUCGCCGCCUGCACCCUGAACUACGGAUCCAUGGCGAUCCUCGGCUACCUUAUGUACGGCGACGACGUCAAGUCCCAGGUGACGCUGAACCUGCCGGAGGGGAGGAUCAGCUCGAAGCUGGCCAUCUACACGACGCUCAUCAACCCGUUCUCCAAGUACGCCCUGAUGGUGACGCCGCUGGCGGCGGCGGUCGAGGAGAGGCUGCUCACCGCCGGCACCAAGAGCAAGAGGUCCUUCAGCGUAGCGAUCAGGACCCUCCUCGUCGGCAGCACGGUCGCCGUCGCGCUCGCCGUGCCCUUCUUCGGCCACCUGAUGGCGCUCGUGGGCUCGCUCCUCAGCGUCAUGGCCUCGAUGCUGCUCCCCUGCGUCUUCUACCUCAGGAUCUUCGGCGUGGCGCGGUGCGGCAGGGCGGAGGUCGCGCUGAUCGCCGCGAUCCUCGUUCUUGGCUCCCUGGUCGCCGCCACGGGGACGUACUCUUCUCUGAAGAAGAUUGUUCACGAGUUCUGAAGAAGACGUGAGUGUUUCAGCAGAUGUGUCUCAGACAAUAAUUGCAAGAUGUUGUCGAUGAGGCAGGGGAACAUGGAUGAUCUGCUGACGAGACACAAGACGAGCAGGGAGUCUGCUAGAUAUGGGCAUGUGUUGCUAUCCCAUCUUGAGGCAUGUACUUCUUUUGUAAGAGAAGCAUGUAGUCAUUUGCCAUUGUAGGAGGCUAGGAGCCUUAUUAGGUGGACACUCAACGAAAUCUGCUCCAAGAAGCAAGUAAAAUGAGGAACUUGUUUCAUUUGUUUAGUUGUCAGAAGAGCAGCGUUCGCUUACUACUUUCAGAAGUCCAGGCCAACGUGCUCAUACGGGACCGAUUUCCGUCUUACAGAGUCACUAGUGGAGAAACCGAAUUAGAAUCUUUCUCUGAGACUAAUUUUCGCAUUUCAAUCAGUUUAAUGUCGUAACUGUAUAUGAAACAGAGCUGAAUUGGCGCACUGAAGUGUCAGCACUAAAGAAGAAACAAGGGCAGCAGGCGCAAGCGCAACACAUAAUCAGACAUCUGAUUAGCUAAAGAAGCUUCAAGAAAUCGAUCGUCAUACAACACGCAUCGAUUCCGACACAACGGAGCGACAACAACCAUCCGUGUCACAUGGCUAAACCAAGCGCUACAGGGAAAAGUUAUUACAGUGUUUUCCAGGG